CUUCAAAAUUUGCUUAAAAAACAUUCAUUUCACUAGCAGGGCAAGAAAUCCAAAAUCAAAAGCCACAAUGCCGUCCAAUUUCAUCGCCGUCCAGUGCUGCCAGUGUUCCACGAUGCAGGUGAAGCAGCAGAAGAUGAGCAGCAACAAGUGGAAUUGCGCGGUGUGCAACCAGAAACAAUCGGUGCGCAAGGUGGUCGCUCAGAGUCCGAUGGCCAAGGACAUCCGCCACUUCGUCCAGUCCUUCAAUAUGUCCCGCAAACUCGCCGAUGAUACACCACAACCAGAAACAGAGCAAGCCCCUGACACGACACCGCAUCUGGAUCUCGCGAAGAGACGCACUGAUUGGAGCGAGUACCUGGAUCCCCUACCUCCACCGGAUAGCCCUAAUGAAGAACAACAAAUGGAUAUCGUGACGGAGUUGCCGAGAGAGGUAUUUAAGAGGCCCAAAUUGACAGCUGCAGAUGGGGGAGGAGGAGGUGACGAUGACAGACUUUACAAGCCAUUUUUCUGUAAGAGGAAUAACAACUCCCAGGGGAAGGAGCCUACAAUCGCCAAGGGUGGUUCAAACUCAAAAUGGAGCAAAUACAUGAACAAUAAUGACAUUACAGCAGCUGAUAGUGAGAGCCAAGUUGAUGCCAAGAGUGCAGAUGUUGUCUUGGAGUACUUGGAGAACCUACCAAACCAUGAAAGAGUAGAAGAUGCCAUCCACCCAGAUUUUCUUUGAAGCUCUUUCUAGUAUUUCUGCUUGAAUUUGAGAAACUCUACUAUAUAUCAAAAUAUGCUUAUUGGCUCUCAAAUUUUGAACUCAAAACUCCUUCACCUUCAACAUGACUAAGAUUUUUUUACAAGUUUUUCUUCUGCAGAGGAAUAUUUUAGCUGAACGAAAAUUGGAGAGUACAACACUUUUGAGUUACCAUGAGGCAUUGCUUAGAUAACAUUUUUUGGGAGUUAAGGGCAAGUGGACUUGUUAUGAUUAAGCUAUUAACCAAUCUUUGAUAAUUUUAUGGAGUACAGGGACAGUAACUAUCUUCAAGCCUU